AGAGCCUCCACAGAUUAAAGAGGAGCAGGAGGAACUCUUUGUCUACCAGCUCCUCGGUCACAACUCUCAUGUAGCUGAGAGCCAAGAUCAGAAAGGAGGCAAGCAUGGAGACUCAGGCUCAACUAGAAAUGCAGAGCCACAUCAACAGAAUCUACAUCACGAAAGCAUAAGUCACAGUAACAAUGUAGACAACCCUAACCUGUCAGAGAUGCACUGUGAUACUCACACAGGUAAACAGCCUUUAAAAUGUGACACAUGUGGAAAAGACUUUAAGGAUAAAGCAUCACUAGAGAAGCAUAUAAGAAACCACACAGAUAAGAAGCUGUUUGUGUGCAAAACAUGUGGGAAAGUUUUCAGAAACGCUAGAUGCUUGGUAAUGCACAUGAGAAACCACACAGAUAAGAAGCUGUUUGUAUGCAAAACAUGUGGGAAAGUUUUAAUAAAUAAUAGUACCGUGAUACGGCACAUGAGAAUCCACACAGAUGAGAAUCUGUUUGUGUGCAAAACAUGUGGGAAAGUUUUAAUAAAUAAUAGUACCUUGGUAAGGCACAUAAGGACCCACACAGGUGAGAAGCCAUAUUCUUGUAAAACAUGCAAAAGAAAUUACCAGAGUAAUGGUAACUUGAAAGUCCACAUGAGGACCCACACAGGUGAGAGGCCAUAUUCUUGCAAAAUAUGUGGGAAUGGAUUUACUCGGAAGUCAUCAUUGAACUCUCAUACAAGAAUCCACACAGGUGAGAAGCCAUAUUGUUGUAAAACAUGCAAAAAACAAUUCCAGAGUAAUGAUAAACUGAAACUCCACAUGAUGACCCACACAGGUGUGAAACCAUAUUCUUGCAACACGUGUGGGAAAAUAUUUUCUCUGAAAUUCACAUUGAAACGCCACAUGAUGAGUCACACAGGUGAGAGGCCAUAUUCAUGUAAAAUAUGUGGGAAUGGAUUUACGAGUAAAUCAAUAUUGGACUCUCAUAUAAGAAUCCACACAGGUGAGAAGCCAUAUUCUUGCAAAAUAUGUGGGAAUGGAUUUAGAACUAAAGCGUCAUUGGAUUCUCAUACAAGAAUCCACACAGGUGAGAGGCCAUAUUGUUGUAAAACAUGCAAAAAACAAUUCCAGCGUAGUGAUGCAUUGAAAGUCCACAUGAUGACCCACAUGGGGGAAAAGCUGCAUCUCUGCAGCACAGAGGUUCCAGAGAUUAAAGAGUAACAGGAGGAACUAAAAGGAGUUUGACACUCCUCACUUCAGGGUUACACUCUGUAAUAAGUGUUGGGUUACACACUAUGUCUACACACUACCUCAGCAAUGAGGUCACUGAGGUUAUUUCUUCGUUAGAGGAAGAUUGUCCGUCUGUUUUGGGUUAUUGGAUUGCAAUGGGAUAGUGCUUGAUCACCUGAACGUACAGGUGUACAUGCAGCAGAGAUAGAGGAUAUGGCUGGUGGGAUGCUGGGCUUCAGAAGCUCACGUGUAAUGCAUACUGGUACAUGCAGGCAGUCCCUGCACGGCUCCGCGAGCAGGAGAACUCAGCUUUAGGAUUCAGGGGAUCUAUUGGCAGAAAUGGAAUAUAGUAUUCAUAACUGUGUUUUCUUUCGUCUAUAAUCACCUGAAACUAAGAAUCGUUGUGUUUUCAUUAGAUUAGAACGAGCCCUUCAUAUCUACAUGAGGAGCGUGUCCUCUUCCACUGAGACCCCCAUGUUGCCUCUUUAGUAUCCCAGAACCUUUUUAAGGGGAAAGUUAAUGUUGUAACUGACAAUGAUGAACACUGUUAACCAAGAUGAAUGUUACUGCAUUGUAUGCACGAUGACACUGAGCAUGAAUGAUUGUAGCAACACUGUUAAUAUAAUGUGUUAUACUGCUGCACAUUGUUUGGAGACUGACUGACAGAACAUAUUGCUGGAAAGGCCAGAAGUUAUAGAAGCUUAAGGAGAACGUAUUCAUAUCACACAUGUUUGUUACCAACCAUGCAUCACAUUGUACGCUUUGUAAAUAAUGAAUGUGUGUAUACAUUGUCUUGAAGAGAUGCUAUAAAGUAAUUUCUUUCUAAAUUCCGCAAACAUAUUGUGACUUUAGAAAAAUGUAUACCAGUCAA